GGACGCCAAGAAAUACGUCUUGUCGAGUCAUGAAUGGCCUCAAGUUCCCCGCAAGGGUGGCGGCGGCAGCGCUGGCGCGUCGCAGCGUCAGUCGAGGAGGCAGCAUGCGCGUGGGAUAUGCGUUUCGAGCCGUGUCUACGUAUGGCUAUGCCGACGCGCCCGUGGAAGCAGUGAAACGAAGCAACGUACACAAGAAGUCGGCUGUUGAAGUCCAGCUCGAGGAAGCGAUCACUCGCGACGACGACGAGUUGUCCCCAACGGGCAUCCUCCUAGCGCUGACGCAAGGCGUUGGAACCGUGUCGGGUCUCCGCGACGCGUCGCUCAACUCGACUGUCCACGUGUUUGACGAAGCACGCCAAGUGGUUGGCCAAGGUGUCGUGCUGCAUCUCCAGAAGAAACGUGCUGUCGUUGCGUUUGUUGGCGACGCCAGUCGAUUGUCCCUUGGCAUGGAAGUCGAGCUCAUCGACAAUGACUUGACGAUUCCCGUCGGUGCCAACCUCCUUGGCCGUGUGGUGGAUCCAUUGGGUCGGUCCAUGGAUGAUGCACCGCCGCUUGCGCCAUCUACGCCUCGGCUUACGUGCAUGCGCAGCACGAUUCCAUCCAUGUUGGAUCGUGGCAUGCUCAAAGAACCAUGGGCCACCGGCAUUCAAGUCAUCGACUGCCUCCAUCCUCUCGCCUAUGGGCACCGUUUUGGCAUCUUGGGACCUCGAGGCAGCGGCAAGACGCGACUGGCUCUUGACAUCCUCGCACAACAAGUCCUUCGCGCCAAGCACCUCCAGGACACCGCGUCGAUGCCUCGCAUUGUAUAUGUCGCUGUGGGCAAGGCGCCCGCCCGCGUGACGCAAAUCCUGCAGCUCUUGACCCAGCUCGACCUUUUGCCUUACUGCACGAUCGUCGCAGCGGACGACCGCCAGCCAUUGAUCAUGCAAUACUUGGCGCCGUUUGCCGGGUGCCGCAUCGCCGAGUCGUGGCUGAACGAAGGCGUGACCAAGAACGCGAUCGUUGUCUACGACGAUUUGUCCGCACACACGAUGGCGGUGGAGCAAUUGAUUCACAUGAUCAAGCUGCCGAAAGCAGCCCGCCUGAGCUUCAGCGGCCACACCAACCUCAUGGAGCGAUCGACGCAGUUUUCAGAGAAGCGAGGCGGCACGUCGUUGACAUCCCUCGUCCUGGCCGAUACGCCUGGGAAGGAAGAUGCUGCCAGCGUGCUUCAAGAAGGCCUCAUCUCGAUCGUCGAUGACCACGUCGUGUUGGAUGCGAGCUUGACGCUUCGUCGAGUAUAUCCCGCGAUCGACUGCUUGGCGCCGGGUACGUCGGUUCGCGGCCCGCCUUUUCAACGCGCGGCGCUGUGGAAGUGCAUGCAGCACAUCCGGGCGACCAUCAUCGAAGGCCACACUGUCCAGGAAAACGUGGCACUGGCCAAAGGAUUCGGCUUCGACACCGAGCCUGAAGACCAGGAAAUUCUCGACUCGCGCGAGUUGGUCCAAGAGUUCUUUGUUCAGCGACCUUUCCAUCGCCUCGACGAAGAUGCCGUGCUGCUGGGGGCGUUUGUUUUGGCGCACCAUCACGUGCUGACGCGGCUUCCACAAAAGGUGUCGGUGUGGGAUGCCAUUCACCAUGUUCAGCGCACCUUGCCGGACGACCUGAAAGCCCGACUCGAUGUGUGUCCCCGAAACGAGUGCUGGUCGGACGCGUUGGUCGACGACUUGUACUCGUUUGUCGUGUCGACGAUUCGAGCCAAGUACGUCCGCGCGCCAAAGUAACCUGGCACGAGCUCCUCCACGUGCGCAUCCAAACCAGAGAGACAAUAGAAUGCGAUGUUGCCA